AUGUCUUCUCGUACUGCGCCGUACGGCCAUUGGAAGAGUCCGCUCACUGCAGAGCUUUUGGCAGGCUCGAGCAUUUCGCUCCAAGAAGUCGUUGUCAACGAAUCCACGGGGGCAAUUUACUCCAUUGAAUGCCGGCCUACGGAGGAUGGCCGCUUUGCUAUUGUGCAGCACCUCAAUGGACAAACCAAGGAUGUUUUGCCCAAGGAGCUGAGUGCCCAUGCCACGGUGCAGGAACUCGGUGGUGGCUCCAUUUCCGUGAGACCUGAUGGUCAGAUUCUGUUGUCUGAUGAGAAUUCUUGCAACAUCUAUCUUCUGGAUCCGCAAUCGAGCCAAGUCAAGCUCAUCCUCGAAGCACCCAAGGGUAUCCGAUAUGCGGAAUUCAACACCCAUCCAACAAUCCCGGAGUGGAUAAUUGCGAUCAAAGAAGAUCACCGUGAGGCUACUCCAGAGACUCAAGCAACCCACGUACACAAUACUCUGGUGGCAAUCAACAUCGAGUCCGGGAAAGAAACCACUAUUGCCCAAGGUGACGAUUUUUACAGCCACCCAAAAUUCGACCCUGCAGGCAAAUAUGUCUCAUGGAUUCAAUGGACUCAUCCCGACAUGCCAUGGACCGGCACUGUGCUUCACGUGGCAGAGUGGGCAAAUGGGUCGUUGCAGAAGGACACCCCCGUCGCCGGGAAAGCUAUGGCGGAAAGUAUCGCCCAGCCCAAAUGGGGCUUGGACGGACUCCUGUACUUUGCUAGCGAUCGCACCGGCUUUUGGCAAUUAUACUCAUAUGACCCGAAGAGCGCCAAUUUGCGCGGUCUUUCACUCAAGGGCCUAGAGAAUGCCGAUUUUGCCAUUGCGGAAUGGGAACUUGGAAGUUCCACAUACAUCUCCUUGGAUGAGAGGACCAUAGUGGCAACGGCCAUCACCCACGCCACGAGCAAAAUCGUGCUUAUCGACACUGUCGAUCUGUCUGUGCGAGACUUGGGUCUCCCCUAUGUGGAUAUUGGAUUCCGUGCCAACGGAAUUUACCGAGUUUCACCCAACAGCUUUGCAGUUGUUGCUGCAUCGGCAACAUCUUUCCAAGAACUGGCCUUGGUAUCGAUCACGCCCUCCUUUGAAACGCAGAGGAAGGUUCUCACCUCAACUGCAUCAUUUGACCUAGCGCCAGAAUAUAUCUCUCGUGCCCAAGAAUUCACUGCUCCUCAGAAGUAUGGUCCACGAUGUGACGGCAAUGUGCACAUGUUCUAUUUCCCCCCUCGCAACCCGGACUUCCAAGCUGAUGGGUCACAUCCUCCUCCUGUUCUGGUAUACGUUCAUGGAGGACCCAAUGGAAAUGUCACCCCGGCUUUGAAUCUAGAGAUUCAAUUCUAUACCACACGUGGCUUCGCCGUUUGCGCUGUCAAUUACACGGGGUCUACAGGUUUCGGACGCGAGUAUCGCGAACGACUAUCUGGAUAUUGGGGCCAGGUUGACGUGGGCGACGCAGUCAGCGCCGUCGAGCACCUUGCAAAUGAAGGGUUGAUCGAUAAAUCCCGCGUCGGUAUCUAUGGCGGAAGUGCCGGUGGAUACUUGACCCUGCAAGCGCUGCACAUGUAUCCCGAUGUCUGGACCGCCGGGAUUAGUUCCUAUGGCAUCAGCGACGUGAAGAUGCUGCAGGCAGACUCAUAUAAGUUUGAAAGUCAAGACGUGGACCGGUUACUGCUUUGUAAGACGGAGUACAAAGACCGGGAGGAGGAGCUGAAGAAGCGCAGCCCUUGUUUCUAUGCCGAACAAAUCAAGGCGCCGUUGCUUCUUCUUCAAGGUACUGUGGAUAUGGUGGUUCCGGUGGCACAAGCCCGGAUGAUGGCUAGUGCUAUGCAUGCUCAUGGUAGAGUUGCCGAGGUGGUAGAAUUCCAAGGUGAAGGCCAUGGGUGGCAUGGGCACAAGGCCAUUCUUGAGUCUUUCAAACAAAAGGAGAACUGGUGGAAGCGUCACCUGACGUAA